AUGGAGGACGAAGAGUUUGUAGGUUGUAUCAGCUGCAUGAACGCAAACGAUUUAUGCGACCUAUUUGCUUUGUAUGCAGAGAACACGGCAACUUAUGCGAAAAUGUUUGAAACCUGCUUCGACUUGAAGGUGCCGAACCAUAUCAAAUACAUAUGUUCAGAUUGUGCCGAAAGGCUAGGAAAAGCCGUGCGUUUCAAAGAACAGACGUCUAAGAGCCUUGUUAUGUUACAGCAUGUUAAAAACGAAGAAUACCUGGACGAGUCCAUAUUAGAGGAGGCGGAGAGCAUCACCCCUGAUGAUCCUAAGAAGGCCAAAGGCUCCGAAUGUGAUGACGAUUAUUUAGACGAGGAAAUGGACGAAGACCACGCGAUCCAAGCUCUCGAUGAGACCACUUGCUUGUACUGUGACUUACAAUUGACCACAGUUGAGGAUAUACAUGAUCACAUUCGGACUGUGCACGAGUUGGAGCCCAGGACCGGCCUACCGCUGAGGGAGUGUUCGUUAUGUGGGGUCGCUCUACGUGACCCCACAGACCAUCACAAUAGGUGUCACGGGAUGAAAUCAGAUGCAGAAGGAAAGAAGUAUCCCUGUCACUUCUGUGACAAUAUUUACGUCAGCAAGAAGGCUUGCUUCACGCACCUCAGGAUGAAACAUGGACUCAAGAUAUGUAACGAGCAAACACCCAAAUACGUGCCGAAGGAAAGGAAGAAAUGUCACAUGUGCAACAGAGACUUCAGCCAGAAACAGAUUCUGAACAAGCAUUUGUGGAAAGCUCAUGGUUUUGAGGUGGAAAAGCGCAAAGCUUUUAUAUGUCCGCUAUGCGAUGAGCGCGUUAGUUACGGGUCCAACUUCAGUUCCCAUUUGGUGCACGAGCACGGCGUGUACGAGCAAGUGGAACAGCUUGAAUUUCAUAGCAUGGAUGACUUCAUGCUGUUCAAGGGGGCUAUUCAAGAAGAGACCAAGUUCCGCUUCAGGAAGACCACGGCCAGUAAGCAGACUAUUGAGGGGGUCCGCUCUCAUUAUAUGUGCAGUCAGUCUGGAGUCUACGUGUACCAGGGUAAAGGCAAGCGGCCAGCCCCAGAGCGACAGAUAUACAAGACGGGCAAGGCAUGUCCCGCGCACAUGAUCGUCACCGAGACCAUGGACCGAGUCAUGGUCACCUUCUACAAGACGCAUGUCGGCCAUGGACCGUGUCCUUACUUUGAGCCCAGAGAACCAAAAAAGUUUAGGUCUGAAGCCCAGACGUCUUCUAUAGCCAUUGACGACUCGCUGAAGUCUGAAAUGGAACCGAAAGAAGAAGGUGAUGCCGCGGAGGAGUCGGCUUGGAUGUGUGACGCGUGCGGAAUAUCCUUCGGCGAUGCGGAAAAAUUCCGCGACCACGUGGCCAUUCACGGCUUGGAACUGUUCCCGUGCCAAUAUUGCGAUGACGAUUUCCAAAAUCUGGACGCUUGGACGCACCAUGUAAGGAUGCAACACGGUAUGGGAAGCUUGUUUUGA